AUGGACACAGCAAAGCAGACUAUAAGGGAUUCAUUGGCUGAUAAGCCACAAUUGCUCAAUGAAGUGCUAACGCACUUUGACAGGAGGUGGGAGAAGCAAAUGGAGCAAAAGUUAUAUGGGGCUGCCCUUUUCCUAAACCCAGCCAAGUUUUUUGCAAUAAAAGAGAAAAGCGUAAGAGAUGCUGCAAGACUAAGGGCGAUGUUCAAUGAUGUGCUGUGGAAGAUGAUGACUAUGAGAAGUCUCAAGGGAAGCUUCUCGAGGCCAUUAGCAAUAAAGGAUAGAGCUAGAAAAAAUCCAGUUAACUGGUGGGGAGCAUAUGGUGGCCUUGCAUACGAGUUGAUGAGUUUAGCAAAAAAAAUAGUUAGCCUUUGCUGUUCGGCAUCAGGAUGUGAGCGUAAUUGGAGCACCUUCUCUCAAAUACAUACCAAGAGAAGGAAUAGGUUGGAGCACAAGAGGCUCAACAAUUUAGUGUUUGUUAGCUACAACAGAAAAAUGGCCAACAGAUUUGCUAAGCUGCGUGAGCUCGGUUCGAAAGGCAAGAAAUACAAUCCGUUGCACCUUGACGAGUUUCAGUGGGAAAACGAGUGGGUUGAUGCCGGCUGUGAACCAGUUCAUCAAGAUGCCGCUUCUGAUACUGGUAAUGAUCUAACUUGGCAAAACGUGGAUGAAGCUACUGGUGCAACUCAAGGUCUAGGAGGUCGUAAUCUGCCAAGGGCUGCUGCAAUGAAAGGAAGAGUGGAUCUAAACAUGCUGCUGCUGCUGCAAGUAAAAGGACUAAGCAACCUAGGACAGCUGCAAUUCCAGUUGAAGAUGAAGUGUCAAGUGAAGAGGAUGAUGAAAUGGGAGAUGAGAGUGGAUCUGAUUACGAAGAUGAUGAAGAGGGUGGUGGAGGUUCAGCUGCAGGGGCUUUCCAAGUGGAUGAUGAUGUGCUUUGAGUUUGCUUAA